AUGGCAACUAAAAUUCCCACCGAAAUAUUAAUUAAAAUUUUAAAAAAUUUUCAACCAUUUAGUUUAAAACAAGAUUUAUAUUCAUCAUUGUUAGUUAAUCGAAAUUGGUGUAAAGUUAUUAUGCCGAUACUUUGGGAAUUACCUUUGGGUCAAGAAAAUUAUUGCACAGAGAAGACAGCAUUAUGUAUUCGAACUUAUAUAUCAUGUAUGGAUACUCAAUCUAGAACUUUACUUACUCAAAAUGGAUUUGAUUUAUCAUUAUUACUACCUCAACCCACUUUUGAUUAUCCAUCAUUCACUCAUAAAUUUAUAAUUAAUAAUUUAGUUUAUUUUAUUUCCAUAUAUUCGCAACAACGUAUUAUUAAUAAUUGUAAAGAUUCAAAAAUAUUAUUUCAUGAGAUAUUUAAAUUAAUAAUAAAUCGUUGCUCAUUUCUAGAUUAUUUUAAAUUGGCGAGAUAUAAAUAUUCUGAUCAUAAUGAUUAUAGUGAUACAAUCAGUUCAAUUCUCGAAUUACCUAAUGCUUCGAAAGUAUUCGAGAAACUAGAAAGUUUUAUAAUAGAAAAUUAUUAUGAUGGAUUUGUUUGUCAAUUAUGCGAAUCAUUAAAAUUAAUAUGUGGGAAUAUUUUAAAUAUGAAUUUGAAAUUGAAUUCAUAUUAUCAAGUGCAAUUAUUAGCAAAACUUAUUAGCGUUCAAAAACGGUUAGAAAAUAUAUCAAUUGUUGCUAAUUAUUUUCUGGAUCAUGAUCCAUUGUUUUGGUCUAUCGUCAGUCAAAAAGAAACAUUAAAGAGUUUUCGGUUAAAAAAAUUAUGUUAUCAUAAUAGUUAUGCGGAGAAAUUAUUACCUAUUGGACAAUUUACUUCACUUCAAGAACUUUAUAUUGAAGAUUGUUAUGGAUUAUGUGAUUCAGAUUGUUUAUCCUUGGCUUCAUCAUUUACUCAAUUAAGUAGUUUUCAUUAUAUGCAUUCGUGUGAUCGAUCUGAUAGAUAUCCUCAAGAUUUUAUUAUAAAAAUUCUCGAAACGGUCAAUACAAAUUUAAAAAAUCUUUGUCUGGAUUUAUUUCCCUCAAUUACAUUUGAUGUAUUUUCAGCAAUGUUAAAUUAUUGUACAAAGAUUACCAAUUUAACUCUUUAUCAAUUAAGUCUCGAACAAUUAAUUGCAAUAUUUAAUAAUAAUUUUAACGAAUUAAGAAGAUUUUCAUUUGAUUGUAGAAUUGAUACUGAUGAAUUAUUAUGCCAAAUGGCCAAAAAUAUACCAGAAUCACUUGAAACUAUUGAAAUUAAAAUGUAUGAUUCAUGGAGGUUUAGUGCUGAUGAUUUAAGAGAAAUCUUUGAAGGGUGGUGUUUUAAAGGAGGAGGAGAAAAUAAAAAGAUUAUUUUAAGAAGCGCAACAGAAGUGUGGAAUUUUACAUUAAGUGAUGAACAUUUUAAAGUUAUUAAAGAAUAUGGAGUGGAGUUAAAAUUAAUGUAG